UUUUUAUUGCAGUUGUCAAUUAUUUUCUAUAUUCUUUCUUUUCUUUUUUCCCCACAAGCGUUCGAAAAAGAAGUAUAAAAGCAAAAUAAAGCCAAAAAUUCCUGCUUGCUUUUCUCUCUCCUCUCUCUCUCUCCACAACAAACAGUUAAAAGCUUAGUUCACACAGCUGAAAAAUUCUCACUCACACAUUCACACAAAUUAUACUGGAAAUAAGCAGUAAGAAAUAGCUGAAAAAAUGGGAGUUUCAGUUCCCAUUCUCGCGAUCUCCAUCUCUCUGCACCUCAUUGCUUUCGUGCUUGCUGUCGGCGCCGAACGACGCCGUAGCACGGCGACGGUGAAGCCGGAUGAGUACGACGAGAGAACGUACUGCGCGUACGGAACCGACGCGUCGACGGUGUACGGACUGGCGGCGUUCGGGCUGCUGCUGAUUGCGCAGAUGUUGAUUCACGGCGUUACCAAGUGUUUCUGCUUUGGGAGGGGGAUGAUGGAAGGCCGCCGCUCUACUACUCGCGCUGUCGUCUUCUUCGUUCUCUCAUGGAUCAUUUUUCUAGCAGCAGAGGCAUGCUUGCUGGCAGGAUCAGCUCGGAAUGCUUACCACACAAAAUAUCGAGCAAUUUUCCACGUAGAGCACCUAUCUUGUGCCACUCUUCGUAAGGGUGUGUUUGCUGCGGGCGCUGCCCUAACGCUGAUAGCAAUGACGGUAACCACGUUGUACUAUUGGAUGCACUCCAAGGCUGAUACUGGUGGAUGGGAAAAGCAUCAAAACGAAGGAGUCGGAUUGACCCCUUCGCAUUUUGCAGAAAAUCAGCAUCAGAUGAAGACCGGUGAAUUUCAGAAAGUGUAAUCUUGAUUGUUAAACAAAGGUUUUGAGUACUGUUUGUGAUGUCCGAAGUGAGACAAAGAUGUCUGCACUAUAAUGUGCUAACUUAAGUGGAGUAUAUAAAUAUGUCUGUUGUAGAAA